AGUGUCUGCUGACCAAUUAUGGAAAGGUGUCACCAGUGUCAGCAAUGCUGGAAAGAAGAGGGGUCGAGGGAAAGGUGUUGGUAAAAGAAUGGCAAAGAAUCUAAAUAGGGGCCAGAUUAUUGGCCUAGGUAGUGAAAAUGUUCAGUGGCCUGGUCUCAGUGGUCCAGUUUUGCGUGGAAAGGAACUUGUUCAGCAGCAAAAACUACCAAAAGAUGAAGAGAGAGAAGCAAAACUUUUGAAGUUACGUGACAACAUGGGUGUUUUUCGCCCUUUGCGUAUUGAUCCCCUAGAAAGAGGUUGGAGUGGUACAAAAAUGCCUGGAAGAAGCAUAGGGCCUCCAGAUCCAAUUGGUGAAGAUACGUUUGAAGGGUUUGAUACCAAAGUACUAGAGUUCAAAACUGUGACACACAUGAGUGGCAUCUUUGGGCGAAAAAAGCGAAUGAGUUUGUUUGUUGUCACAGGAAAUGGCAAUGGCUUAGGUGGAUUUGCUCUUGCUAGAUCUACCACGGUUCCUGGAGUAAUAAAAAAGGCAAAGAACAGGGCUUCUCAAAAGCUUAUAUACUUUGAAAGAUACAAUGGACAUACACAUUACGUUGGCGGCAUGUUUAUUGAGUAA